AUGUCCUUCCUCAAAGACGCCGCUCGGCCCUGCUGGGCGAGCAGAACGUGUCAAAUCUAUGCGCGAAGUCUUCAGUCGCAAAGGCAUUUCAGUCGCACACGGGCUGUCGCUGCAGACAUCAAUACAGACGAAGUCCAAGGCGCACAUCGAUACUGCGUUUCUCUACUCUCGACUGACACUGCCGUACCCGCACGCAGGAAAUAUGACCGACCCUCAUACACACUCAGCACCUUCAUCCCACGGCACGCGCAAACCUUCUACAUCGCACUGCGGGCGCUGAACGUCUCUCUCUCAAUGAUCCCAGACUCAACCUCGUCGCCCACAAUCGGGCUGAUGCGACUCCAAUUCUGGCGCGACUCCGUAACCAAGAUCCUAGCGGGCGCGCCGCCCAAGGAACCCGUGGCGGUCCUGCUCGCCUCGGCGAUCGCAGACCUGCACAAGCGCACACAAGGCCGUGCUCGGAUCAGCAAGGGCUGGCUCACGCGCUUGAUCAACUCGCGCGAGCAGACUCUUACCAACGACCCGUACCCCAACAUCGCCUCGCUGGAGUCCUACGCCGAGAACACGUACUCGACGCUGAUGUAUCUGACGCUCUCGGCGCUGCCCAUGGCAUCUGUGACCGCCGACCAUGUGGCGUCGCAUAUCGGGAAGGCUGUUGGUAUUGCGGCUGUCUUGCGUGGAUUGCCGCUCGUUGCGUUCCCGCCGCCGCCGAGCCAGGCGCCUGGUGGUGGUGGUGGGCCCGCGGGCCUUGGGCUCUCGGCGGGCGCCAGACAGGGCGCUGUGAUGUUGCCGCUGGAUGUCAUGGCGCAGACCGGGGUCAAGGAAGAAGAAGUGCUUCGGCGUGGUGCCGAAGCUGAGGGUCUGCGGGAUGCCGUCUUCACGGUUGCCACGCGGGCGAGCGACCAUUUGAUCACAGUGCAGCAGAUGCUUGCCAAUCUUCGUGCCGGUGGCGAUGUCGGACAUGAGUUUGAGCACGAGGGCGAAGAGGGCCAUGAGUAUGAUGCUGCUUAUAACCAGGAUGUCUCUGGCGGUGCUCGGGACGCCGAAUCCCCUCUCGAUGAGGUGAAUCGCGCCUUUGGCGUUUUCAUGCCUGCCGUGGGUACGCGGCUGUGGUUGGACCGAUUACAGAAGCACGACUUUGAUGUGUUUCAGCCGGAGCUGCUUCGUUCGGAUUGGAGACUCCCAUGGAAGGCGUAUAUGGCCUUCCAACGGAAGACUCUUGGAUAA